AUGGAUGAAGAAUGCAUCGACUCCAGCGAGCCCAUCUUUGAGCUGGCGAGCGAGUGCGAGCAGCUAUUCUCCCAACAAGUCUCGAGACUUAGGCAUGAAGCCGACGCAAAUGCAACCAAAGCCGUGGGAGAGUUCCAACAGCGGUUCUCAGCAUGGGCCGCCUUCUUAGGCGUCUUUGCCGUGCCAAAAAUGUGCCUUGACCGCAAACUACAACACCAUCUCACCGACUUCGAUCCAGCAUCACCGUCCAGGUCUCACCUUCGCAUCAGUGUGGAAAGUCUACGUGGAAUUCAGGGAGCAAUUGAGCGUCUCCAUCACCUCGGCGGGACCAUCCAGUUAUCGUCAGAAGCAAGUCAGGCUGUCAGAAUUAGUAAAUUCGCAUCUGGAUUUGACUCGUCCUCCUUCGCACAAUUUGCGCGUCUGGCUAUCAGUUCGCUCUAUCCGGACGCCAGCCCAUCCCUACUCGAACAUCUCGCUCGCGCAAUGACAGACAUGUAUCACGAGUUUCAUUAUCGGCGAUCUCGUCGGGCCAGACUGCGGGCUCGACCUCCCGUAGCCUUAUCUCCUAUAAACGAAGAGUCAGCUCCUUCCAACCAGCCAAGCUCAUGGAGAGUAGAUCCAGCGCCAGUGACAGCUUAUCCUCCCACAAUGGCCUUCCAUCGACAGCAGCCUCGACCGAUUGUUAGGUCACAUCUAGGCGCCAGAUCCCAUCAGUCAAGGGAUUCCAAGCCCACAUCUCUUGAUAGCCAAGAGUUCAGGCGGCGUUUUUCGCAGCAUCAGGACGGUUCGGUGAAGAGCAAGACGAGAUCCAUUCUCACCAAAUCAAUGGCUUACCCUCCACAAUCAGAAGACAACCUGGUCUGUGACUGGUGCUUUUCCCCUCUCUCAGAAGAUGAGUCCAAGGGGGAGAAUUGGAGGAAACAUCUGAAUGAAGACUUCAAGCCCUUUGUCUGCAUCUCUGAGAAAUGCAGCGAGUCUUUGAACAGAUUCGCAACUUCCAGAGCCUGGUUCAGACACAUGGUAGAAACGCACGGCCAACACUGGCAUCGCCAAGUUCAUCUGCCGGCCUGGUAUAUCUGCCCAUUAUGCAACACUCAAGAUUCGACCUAUACAAGAGCAUCAGAGCUUUCUGGGCACCUUUUGAAACUUCAUAGGGACGUUUUCACUGAGCAACAGAUUCAGAUCAUUGUUCACCAGAGUCGGCUCCGAGCCCCUCGCUCACAAGAUAUUUGUCCCCUGUGCUGCCUUUCUAUGAAUGAUGGGCAAGGAUCUGAUGAAGAUGAUCAUGACACCAACCAUGGUUCGACAGAGCGAACGGCACCAGAUGGUCAAGCUCCGUCGUUCCAAAAUCGACCUGCAUUACAUCUUGAGGCCAUCGCAAAGCAUGUCGCUUCACAUCUUCAAGGCAUUAUGCUUCUCACCCUGCGAGUGAUGGUCCUAGAGUUUGCCCCAGAGUCGUCAGCCGACGAUAAGGGUUUGUCUGGCAGCACCGACGGCGGCUUGUCUCGCCUCAGUUCGACGCGACAGCUGUCCCAGCACGAAGCCCAUGAAACAGAGGCGAGCAGUCCAUCGCAGAUACAAGAGCAUGCCGAUAUGGAUAUCGACGACCCAUUCCUGGAAGAGUCUAUCCCAGAUUGCGAGCAUGACGUUAAUUGGCAAGAUGUG